AUGGCUUCCAGAUCCUUGAAGAAAUUAAUUGCUUUCGCGUUGGUUGUGGGUGGCGUGCGUGCCGGACCCUGCAAGCCAUCGCUUGGAUCAUCGUCCAUCAUCUCAUCCUCAAGCACAUUCUCCAGCGCGGAGACGCAGUCGACUAUUGAGACAUUCUCCACGACAGAAGUGCUAUCAUCAACUGAGACACAGACUACUGCCGACGUGUUGUCAACCACUGAUACAGUCUCAACUAUCGACACCCAAACCACCGAGACUCUAUCAACCACUACAGCCCUGUCGACCAUCGCGGAGCAGUCGACAACUGAGAUACCAUCCACCACCAUCUUUGAGUCGACAACAUCGGCCGAAACAACCACAGCGGCAGCAACAUCAUCCACAGAAGCUGGGUGCACAGUCGCCUGCAGCCAUGUCAUCCAAAAGAGCGGCGCGUGCGCAAUUGGAUUCCAGGUCGCACCAUGGGCGAUCGACGACUCUUGGCAUAUCGGCACAUACACAGUAGCUGAUCAGGCAGCCUGUGCAAAUGCAUGCGCCAGCGAUUGUCAUUGCAAGUCCUUCACUUCGUACUACACAAACUGCGACCUGUACUCUGGCAGCCAGACCCAGAUCAACCCGGAAUCCUUUUACCUCGGUCCUUAUUUCUUUGAUAUGGCGAACUGUGGCGAACUGUUAUGA